CAGUCGCCACUCUUAUCUUUUUCUCUCAUUUUCUUCCUCCAUUAAGAAAGGGAAAGAAAAUCCACUAAAUUCUCUCUCUUCUGACUCUCUCUGAGCAAUCAGAGGGUGCUUGAGGAGCUUCAAUGCUCUCCUAUUAACACAUGAUAUCCAUCAAUCAGAAGUUUGGGUUGAGUAUCCUUUAUUGAGAAACCUUGGCUCAUAAGAAGUUUAAAGCUAAUAUCUGUGCGCAAGAUUGGAAAUCUUUUAAAGAGUUCCAGAGCGGUGGUGAAGUUGACUUGGACUGCAUUUAAUUGCUCAAUUUUAUUUUCUUAUAUAUAAUCAGGGCUGUUCUCUUUGUCGGUGCUAAAUGGGGAUCUUUGAAGAAAUGGGUUUCUGUGGUAAUCUUGAUUUCCUUUCGGCUCCUCCUGGGGAAGGAGAGGCAGCUCCAGAGCAUGACCCAGAGGCAACAGCAGAGGAGGAUAAUAGUGAUGAAGAAAUGGAUGUUGAUGAGCUUGAGAGGAGGAUGUGGAGAGAUCGGAUGCUAUUGAAGCGACUUAAAGAACAAAGUAAGGGAAAGGAAGGAGUUGACAAUGCAAGGCAGCGUCAAUCACAGGAACAAGCUCGGAGGAAGAAGAUGUCGCGGGCACAAGAUGGAAUCCUGAAAUAUAUGCUGAAAAUGAUGGAAGUUUGCAAAGCUCAGGGUUUUGUUUAUGGGAUUAUCCCGGAAAAAGGAAAACCAGUGAGUGGUGCAUCUGACAAUCUUCGAGAGUGGUGGAAGGAAAAAGUAAGGUUUGAUCGUAAUGGCCCGGCUGCAAUUUCCAAGUAUCAGGCAGAUCAUUCAAUCCCUGGGAAAAAUGAAGACUGCAGUGCGGUGGCAUCCACUCCUCACACCUUACAGGAGCUCCAAGACACAACUCUUGGUUCCCUUUUGUCAGCUUUGAUGCAGCACUGUGAUCCACCCCAAAGACGUUUUCCAUUGGAGAAGGGUGUUGCCCCACCUUGGUGGCCUACUGGUAAUGAGGAAUGGUGGCCUCAAUUAAAUUUACCAAAGGAUCAGGGUCCUCCCCCAUACAAGAAGCCUCAUGAUUUGAAGAAGGCUUGGAAGGUGAGUGUUCUCACGGCUGUGAUAAAGCACAUGUCACCUGAUAUUUCCAAGAUCCGCAAGCUUGUUCGUCAGUCUAAAUGUUUGCAGGACAAAAUGACUGCCAAGGAGAGUGCUACUUGGCUAGCCAUUAUAAACCAGGAGGAAGCUUUGGCCCGGAGGUUGUAUCCUGAUAGAUGUCCCCCUCCAUCAGCUGUUGGGAGUGGGUCUUUUACAAUCAGCGGUACCAGUGAUUAUGAUGUUGAAGGGGUGGAUGAUGAACAAAAUGUUGAAGUAGAGGAUUGCAAACCUCUUGUUAAUCACUUCAAUAUUGGAACAGCUGGACAAAGAGAGAGGAUGGUACCUCAGAUUAAGGGAGAGCUGAUUGAGACCAACUCAGACUUUGGUCAGAAGAGGAAGCAGCUGGCCGAAGAGCCACAGAUGAUGCUAAAUCAGAAGAUUUACACCUGUGAAUACCCCCAAUGCCCAUAUCAUGAUUGCCGCCUAGGCUUUCUUGACAUAACUGCAAGAAACAAUCACCAGUUGAAUUGUGCAUACCGGGGUAAUUCUUCACAAGUGUUUGGAAUGUCAGGCUUUCAUCUUAACAACGACAAACCUGUGGGCUUCUCUCUACCCAUUACUCAACCUAAGCCAGCUAUUCAACAACCAGUGAACCAGACAAGUAGUUUUAAUGCUUCAGGACUUGGACUAGCCGAGGAUGGGCAGAAAAUGAUAUCUCAACUGAUGUCAUUCUAUGAUAGUAAUGUUCAGCAGAACAAGAACUCAAAUCCUGGAAACCUCAAUGUUGUCGAAGACCACAACCAGCAGCAGGUGAAAUUUCAAUUUCCAAUGGAGGAUAACUUCUAUGGUCAAGGGCUGGUUAUAGGACGCAACAUGUCUGAACCGACCUCCUUGCCUAUGCUUCAUUCAGUUUUCCCAUCCACAGAAAUUCAGUUUGAUCCGUGCAAGUUAUUUGAUUCUCCAUAUGGUAACCAUCCCAAUGAUCCUGUCAACUUAGGUUUUGGCACUCACCUUAACUCAGUCGACUAUAAUGAUGACUCAAUGUUGAAGCAAGAUGCAUUUUGGAUCUGAUGAAUUUGGGUUUUCAUAUAUUGACUGCUCCAAUAUCUGAAUAAGGCUGUAUAUUAUGUUGUUUGGCGGGGGGUUGGGGGUGAAUGAGGAUAUCCCCAUACAGUUCUGGACUGAACAGGUGAAGCUUCUAUUUUUAAGUUUAGCUGCUUAUUAUAUCUGUCGGACCUUUUAGAAGAAGUUGGGGGUUCUCUUGCUGCAACUUCAUCAUCCAAGUAUAGGUUGUCUAGUUGUUCUCAGUGCAGUAUUUGGUAGGGCCAAUAAAGGACUGGAAAGAAGCCAAUCUAAUACAAGUACUUUUGUUGAAAUGUUAGAAACAUUUUCUGGUUGCUAAAGUCAUUGUUGGCAUGUAGUUAUGUAAUGUAUACAGAGACAUCUAUAUAUGUGGUGGUUUCAUGUAUCUUAGAAACAUUUUGCUUGUUUCUCAACUGGUUUUCAGUUUGUGCUAUCAACAAUUCAUUCUUGCUUUCGCAGUUUA